GUCCGGGCACGGGCAGGCAGGGAAUUUUCAGUUUCAGCGCCGCAGCACACACGCUCUGGUUACGCCGUCGUCGACGUUCUCGCCGAGCGUCGCUUAUUCGUGUUACCGACGUUCCCGCGGCAACUUCCCGGGUCUGAGCGAGCAUCCAGGAUAGGAGAGCCACGUCGAGAUGUGGAUCGCCGUCUCGUGUUUAUGUUUGGCGGUCCUGUGCGUGUCCGGCGACAGCGGCACUUCCGGCAACGCUCUGCCGACAUGUUCGGCCAACAAACUGACGGUGUACAAGAUGGUCCUGCACACCUUCUGGUCCAGGACCACGUUCCCGAAGCACUAUCCGGACUGGAGGCCCCCGGCGCAGUGGUCCAAAGUUUUCGGUCGCAGCCACGACAAAUCCUCCUCUCUGUUUCGCCUGGGUCAGAAAUCUACUCAGGGGGUUAAAAUGUUCGCAGAAACAGGACGGUCGGACCUGCUGGAGUUGCAGAACCAAGGACAGAAGGGUAUUUUCGACGUGUUCAACGCCCCAUCGAUCUCCCAAGGAGUUGGAAGGACUGAGGCGAAGUUCUUCGUUGAUGGUAACCACUCGCUGGUAUCGCUGAUGUCGAGAAUCAUUCCAUCUCCUGAUUGGUUCAUUGGAAUUGACAGUUUCGACUUGUGUAUCAAUGGAAAUUGGUUGGAUAGCAUCACGAUCGAGGUGGACCCGAUGGACGCCGGCACCGACAACGGUUUCACCUUCACCGCCCCCAACUGGGCGACGGAACCCCAGGGGGAGGCGUAUCGGAUAACGGCGCAUUAUCCAGCUCAUCCUGCGGGAUCCUUCUUCUACCCUUACCUGAGGAAGCUGCCCACCAUAGCCACGUUCCAGUUCAUCAAGCUGAAGGAGUACGAAUUAAACGAAGUUUUCCACCACACCGAAGACGAUCGAAGCUACGACGUUGUCAAUGCCGAGGAAAUGGUUCAGGACAACAACAUAAAUAUACUCAACGGCAACAAGGAUUUCCAGACGGCAAUUAACGAAGAGAGGGAGGAAAGGGAAAACCACAUAAAUUACAAGCCCAACAAUCGACUGAAGCAGUUCGAAAGCCUCACCACGACGCUGUCUUCGACUAGUUGGAGUGGGGACAGGAUGCAUAAUUCGAUAGUGACAGCCACUCCAUCGACCGUUUCUGGAUCGAACGUUGUUUCACUGGGUAACAAGGAGGCAAUACUGAAUGGUAUUGCGCAGUUCUACACCAAUCCCAAGAAGAACGAUAAACCCAGGCACAAGAAGAACCGAAGAACGAAGAAAUAUUACAAGAAGUAUCGUCCACCUAGAGACUGCAGGGUGAGCGACUGGUCAGAAUGGAGUCCAUGUAGUAAAUCCUGUGGUAUCGGCGAGAUGACUAGGAAGAGAGAGGUGAAGAAACACGCGAAACGCGGAGGAAGACUGUGUCCACCCCUGGUAGAAACCAAGUGGUGCGGCUCUGCCAGGUCUUGCAACAAGCAGUACUUCGACUGGUAGAUUUGCGAACAGACAAACGAUGUCAAUUUGAACAGACUCAACUGAUGGUCGAGUGACCAUUUCUUUGGUGCACUGUGCGGGAUUUAUAUUGCCACUAACUGACUCCCGUUCUGCAUACAGUGGCGUUUUGUAAAGUUUUUCGACUGUUUUCUAUGAAAGGAAAAAAUGAUUGUUUGAAUAUAUUUAUUUUGUCGAAACUUUUUAAUAUAUUUCAGAGUCUUGCUACUUCUCCAAUUGUGACAGGCAAUCUUUGGAUAGAUUACAUAGAGUACUGGUCUUAUAUAGAACUCCUUUGUAUGGAGACGAUGAUUAAGUGUUAAAUAAUGUGAACAAAUCAUGUCUGAUAGGAUUUUUCGGACGUUUCUGUUCUGAUCACCCUGUAUUACCGGAUAACUGUCGAUAUUCUAUGAGUUCUAAUAAAAAACUGCAAAACCA